CCAGAAGUAGCAGCUCCGGCCGCCCCGCCUCGUCGAGCUCUGAGGCUGCCGGGGCUCGGAGUAUGGGGUUCUGAUGGCCAUGGACGGCUACAAGGGCUUCCUGGGACUCCUGGUGUCGGCGCUGCUCGUCGGCUUUCUGUCGGUGAUCUUCACGCUCAUCUGGAUCCUGCAUUACCGGGAGGGGCUCGGCUGGGACGGGACGGCGCUCCAGUUUAACUGGCACCCGGUGCUCACGGUGACCGGCUUCGUCUUCAUCCAGGGGCUAGCCAUCAUCGUAUACAGACUGCCAUGGACCUGGAAAUGCAGCAAGUUUCUGAUGAAAUCCAUCCACGCGGGGUUAAACACCGUUGCUGCCAUUCUUGUGAUCAUCUCCCUGGUGGCUGUUUUUGAUAACCGCAAGGCCAGGAACAUCCCCAAUAUGUACAGUCUGCACAGCUGGGUUGGACUGAUAGCUGUCAUACUCUAUUUCUUACAGCUUGUCCUCGGUUUUUGCAUCUUUCUGCUUCCUUGGGCUCCACUUUCUCUCCGAGCAAUCGCCAUGCCCAUACAUGUUUAUUCUGGACUUUUCCUCUUUGGAACAGUGAUUGCAACAGUCUUGAUGGGAGUGACAGAGAAGCUGAUUUUUCUGCCAAAUAAUCUAUACAGUUCAUUCCCACCAGAAGGCAUUUUUGCAAAUACCCUUGGUCUUCUGAUUUUGUUGUUUGGUGUCCUCAUUUUUUGGAUUGCCACCAGACCACAAUGGAAACGUCCUAAAGAACCCGAUUCCUCCAUUCUGCAGUCAAGGGGAGGUGCUGUAGAGGGAAUGGAAGGCACCUUAACAGUGAGCUUGGGUGGCAACAUGGACAAAUCCGAUUCAGAGUUAAACAAUGAAGUAGCAGCCAGGAAGAGAAACUUGGGCCUUGAUGAGGCCGGCCAGAGGUCUACCAUGUAAACUCUCAUUGCACCAUGUAACUUCAGAUUUUAAAAUGUAGCUAUAUAAAUAAGUAGUCAUACAGUUUAGCUUUUCCUGCUUAGUCAUAAGAUGACUGAGAUACAUGGUGUCAGUGUUUGUUGUAAUCACCAAGGAGGAUUUCUUGAAAGAGUCUGAAUUGAUUAAAGUCUGUGAACUUACCUGAUUUGGAAAGGACAUGAUCGAUAUAAAUAAUACUAGAUAUAAAUUGGGUUUAUGUUCAUCUUUCUUACUGAGGACAAAAGCAUUAUCACAGUGCCUUUCAUGGAGCAGGUGUUCAAACUGUGUCUGUCAGUGGGUUGAUUUGACAAACUAACAGCACCCCUGACCUCAUGUCAAUCAUUUCCUAUUAAUUCUGGGAGCCUGGUGAUUUCAGAACUAGGCAGAAUCAGCCAUAAAGUUUUAAAAUCAGAUCACCAAUACUGGGGACAGGGUUUAGAUAAUUAUCCUACACAAAUAUCACAACAGAAAAAAGUCUUUGGGAAAACCACUAGUUCCCUUUCUCUGUGGCAGACUUCUACUUCCUCCUCAGCUGGUUUGAGCUCAGAUUGGCUCUGGAUGCCAGGGUUUAUAUUAGGAUAUUUUGGAACAGUCCUUUGGUUCAUCGAUAGUUGAAGAGAUCGUCUUUGGACAGACUGAAGAUUUUCCAAAAUUCAGCUUAGCCUCAAGACUUCCAAAGCUGGUGUACUUUACAGUCCAGAUUCUAAACCUCUUAGUAUGAAAAUAUGCCUGAAUGCUUAAGCAACAUACGUCACUCUCCAAAACUCAAAGAAUAAUUUUCCCGUAGUCUCUGUUUUUGUUUUUGUUUUUAAUUAAAAUACUUACCUGGCACUCUAGCUUCUGACUAUACACUCUUCUAAGCUCUUUAUAAUUAUCUCUCUCCACCUCUAGACAGACUUUCGGAGGUGGGUACUAUCCCCAUUUUGCAAGUGAGAGAUCUUAAACUUGGAGUAAUUGGUAAACCAACCCAGUGUCACACAGCUCAUAAGCAAUGGGACUGACAUUCAAAUACUGGCAGUCUGUCUCCUCAGUCCAUGCUGCUAACCUUUUCACUCUGCUGCUUCUCUGAUUUGUACUAAUUUACAUCACUUUUACUCACCCUUGGAUAAAUCUCAGUUGCUGGAGUGGGGUGGAAUGGAGGUGUGAAGGAGGCUUUUCCCUUUGACUCUUCCAGUGAGACCUCCCAGGUAGCCCAGGAAAAGGAGUCUCCUACUCCUGGAUAUAGAUCAAGGGUCCUCUGCCACCGCUGCAAGUCAUAGCCUGCCUUGAUGCCCAGUGAACCUUAACAUUGUGUCUUGACAGAAGGAUUUGGGAAAGCACAUCUGCAGUUUUCAAGAUUAAAUAAUUAAUAUUUGUCCUCUGGGAUUUGGAAAGACAGUAGUGGGGAUUAAACUGGGGCCUCCUACAUGCUAGACAAAUAGUCUGCCACUGAGCUACGACCCCAGCUCUUUAGGAUCUUAGCUCCUGAACAACUUUGCAGCUGCAGAGACCUAGCUCAUUUCCCUGGGGCUACAGCCAGCAUGCUUCCUGACUUUCAUCAAAUUUUAAGGGACAUUUUUAGCCAUGGGUCCUUAGUGAUUAAUUAAGGCUUAGAGAUGGUAACUUUUCUGGCAUGGGAAUCUCUGUCUAGGCUCUAAGCUGACACGAAACCUAGAGUAGCAUCUAUGCUGAAAUGAUGUGUUUGGGGCUUUGGUUGGUUUUCAGCUUCCAUGCAAUUUUAUUUUAUUUUUUAAUUUUUAUUUUGUGUUUGGUACCUGGGAUCAAACACAGGUCCCUGCACUUGCAAAGCAGGCGGCAGAAACACUGAGCCAAAUCCCCAGCCCUUCCAUGCAAUUUUAAACCGAAGCAUUGAAAGUGGAUGUGAUGGCCAAGGCAAGAGGAUCAUUUGAGCUCAGAAAUUUGAAGCCAACCUGGGCAACAUAGUAAGACUCUAUCUCUUAAAAACAACAACAACAAAUAGAACACUGCAGCAUUUUAUUGUGCAUAAGAACCUGACAGUUUGCACCAAAUAGUUAACAUUUUUGGGUGCUUCAAGGGCUUCCUUUUAGGUAAUUGGCUAUUAUUUCCAGAGGCUGAAUACAUAUCACACUCUAUCAUAUCCCUUAAACUUUAUCAAGAACCACUUAGGAUUCCCUUAUUGCAACACUGUUUGAUUGUUUGUUUUUCUUAUCUAAUUAAUUAUAUUUCCAAACGUGUUAAUCAUGUCAGAAGGAUGCCAAGUGCCCAGCCCAAGACCAGGUGUCUAGCAGCACAAUUACAUUCAGUAUGAAUGUUAAGCGGUUGCUAAGUAGUUGCAUGGUCACCUGCAAAUAUAGUUUGAUAAAUGGGUGUUUCAUUGCAUAGAAGUGCACAAGCUUCCAUGGUUUCUUUGGGGUGAGAGGAAGAUAGUGACUGAGUCUCAAGAAUCGAGGCACCAUGCCUUUUUUAUGUAGGCCAAGAAAGAGGUUAUCAGUGUAAAGCUAAUUACUUGGCACUAGAAUAGAACCAUUGCAGAGUCUUUGAGUGCCCCUCAUCUCAGCCCUUUAUUUUCUCUCAAGCAGGCUGUGAGGGUAAUCUUACAGAUAUUAUAGGAAGUUCUUUCUUUUUUCAGCCCUUAUAAAAAGGAUGCAUAAUAAAAUAUAUCUAGAAAACCUUUCUAUUUGAGACUUGCCUUUUAAUGGGCUUUCUUUUCUAAUGAUAAUUGCACCUUUAUCUUUCAAAAGCUAAUAUUUCCUACCUAAAACAUCUCCCC